UCAAUAUAUGAAAUUAUGAAUUAUAUGAAAGAACAGAAAAUUUGAAUAAUACGUUUUGAUACCAGUUUCACUGAGUCAAUUCAGUAGGAUCCUAGGUUGACUCAACUUGGUGACUCUUGUGAGUUAGAAAGUGUAAACUUCAGUCGACUCAUCUGAACUCGGGAACCCGACUCAGUGACUCGUUUGCUAAGUCUCACUCUUCAGGAUCUGAGACAAAUAAUGUUGCAAUUGCAUUGACAUGGCUGAAUGAGUAGUUGUGAUAAGGCUCCUCAUUGGAGAAUAUUACUUCACUAUCGGUCUCUCUUUUCCAGAAAAUAAAUGACAGAACUCUUCAGCUUCACGGCUUGCAGACAAUUAUCUCAAUUUCUUGCUGCUAUACUCUUUUUCCACAUUUCAGAGUAUUUUCUAUCCAUCUUUGUUCAUGGAAGAUCAAAUGUGACCCUGAAAUCUCUUUUGAUAACCAAAAAUUACAUUGUGGCAAUUGUAUGUUCAUUGCUUGAGUAUUGGCUAGAAGUCACCUACUUCCCCGGAUUGAAAGAAUAUUGGUGGAUAAGCAAUGUAGGGCUGGCCAUGGUUAUCAUGGGGGAAACUAUACGCAAAGUGGCGAUGGUAACAGCUGGUCGUGCCUUCACACAUCUGAUCAAAAUCCAUCAUGAGGAGCAGCAUAGACUAGUGACUCAUGGAGUUUAUGGAUUUGUGAGACAUCCAGGUUAUUGCGGGUUUUUCAUCUGGUCAGUUGGCACUCAGAUAAUGCUGUUGAAUCCCAUCUGUACCCCUGCAUUUGCCAUUGUUGUUUGGAAGUUCUUUGCUGGACGAAUACCAUAUGAAGAGUUUUUCUUGAGACAAUUUUUUGAAGAUGAGUAUGAUUCAUAUGCUCAAAAGGUCUCGUCUGGUGUACCGUUUGUGAAGUGAUGCCAUCAAUCAUCAGCAGUAUUAUUCACUUAGAAUCAGGUCUGUCAACCUUGGGGAUAAGAGUAAUGAAAGUUUAAUUUUGCUCUUUGAGGAGGCAGCCACUGGCCAAAAAGGAGUGAACUGAGUUAAGCACAUUAUCCUUGACAGUGCUCCAAUUUGAGUUAUUAAAAAUAGGAGGAAUGCCAUCCAGUCCGGGUGAUUUGUUGUGUAGAAAGAGUUGGUUCAAAAUUUUGUGCAGGUUUACGAGGGCAUUAUUUGUUAUAAUACAUCACAACUCUCUCUCUCUCCUAGUUUCUAGAUGGUAUGCAUGGUAAAAAAUGUACCUUCUUACUACCUUCUAUUUUUAGCUAUAGCAUACUUUCGUGGAAGAAUAUGUCUAGCAUUUAUUAUGCAAUGUGAAAGCCUCCAUAUGCAUAGUAGACUUUACUAGUAUAAAUAGGAGUAUUAUGUGCUUGUUGUUGGUGUCGUGGUCUGCCCAACUUUGAGUUGGUGAUGGUGGAGGGAGCAAUACUCAUGGAGUUGGUGGUGGUGGAGGGGGCAUCGCGCUUCGAGUUGUUGAUGGUGGAGGGGGCAUCGCUGUUGGGGAUGGUGAAAGACCACUCUUAGGAAAAAUAAUGCCAGAUUGAAGACCUUAGUUGGUGGGAGUGGCAUAGGGGUCUAUAGUGGGGUUGGAGACGGUGGCCUACCAGUGGUUGUUCUUUGAGGCUGAGAUUUAGUCGUGAAAACCAUACUUGUAGUGUGAUUGUCAUAAGAAGCAAACAUAAUGUCUUCUUAUGGCGAGCCAUUUCAAUCAUUCUCUUCGUUUGCUGCCCCUUUCUUUCUAUUUUAUCAGAAAGAUUGGCAGAUUUUAGAAUGUUUUUGUAGAGAAACAAGUUUCUAUUAUGAGACUAUAUACCUCUAGAGUCUAGACACUAGGGAAGGUCUUAUUAUGUUACUACCUCCAUUUCAUUAUACAUGCACCAUUUUCCUCUUUUAGAUAUUUCACAAUACAUGCAUCGUUUUUUCUUUUGGAUGUUUCAUAACACAUCCCUUCCCUUAAAACAUAAUCACAUGGGUUUAAAAUGCAAUCACAACAUUCUCUCUCCUCACUCUUGGUUGUGUGUCAUAUAGAAAUGGUGCAUGUAUCGUGAAACGAAGGUAGUAUUAGAUUGUCCCGAAAAUACUCCACUACAGUUCAUGUAGAUAUAUAGUUUGACUUCAUAUAAAGAAAAGGAUUGUUAUAGGGUGUUAUUAAAUACUGCCCGUAUUUUAUUAGUUUUUUCUUAAUUACCGCUUACUUAGACACAAUGUCUUCUUAUGGCUGCCAUUUCAAAUAGUAUUUCUGUAGACUGCUUCUUUAGCCUUUAUUUUUACCGUGUUUGGGCAAUUGUGGCGUGGAGACUUGGAUAUCCUGAGGCUACAUAUAUUGUGCCGAGGAAGUUUUGAUAAGGUCAUAAUUCUGUCAAAUUGUUCAGAAAUAGUAGUAUCAAAUGUAGAUUUACUAUUGUUUGACUUAGAAAUUGCAGAGUUCUGCCUCUCCACUUGGGAAAGGAUUAGAAGGGAUGCUCUAGCUUUUCUAAUAUCAUAUUCCAAGUGCCAUUUGCACCCAGAAAAAUAAUUACUGCAAGUGACAUUUAUUUCAUUAUUUUCUAGACUUCUAGCAUCAAGCAUUAUCUUUGGGCAUUCUGAUCUAUCUAAGUUUAUGCAUCUGGUUUAACUCACCACUCUUCUUUGCUGGACGAAUACCAUAUAAAGAGUUUCUUGAGGCAAUUGUUUGAAGAUGAGUAUGACGAAUAUGCUCAAAGGGUUCUAUCUGGGUUGCCGUUUGUGAAGUGAUGCGUCAAUUAAUCAGCAGUAGUAUUGACUUAGAAAUUAGAAUCAAGUUAGCAGUUCUCCAACCAUUUAUGAGUACUAAAGUUCAAUUCUUAGUGGUUAAAUUUCUCUUUUGUUUCCACGUUGUAGUGUUUGAGCAUAUGUAUAAUAGCUAAUCUUGUUCUCGGGAUGGCGGAUGCCAAUAUUUGGCACUUGCUUGGUA